AUGUUGUUGAAUAAUCUUAUAGAAGCAAAUAUUGAAACAAAAGAAUGCGAUGAAAUUGAGCAACUGGCAAAAAGUGCUGCCAAAAUUGCAUGUCAUAAUUUUCGAUGGCAUUACGUAACCUUGGUUCUUCUGAAUGCAACUUUAUAUUGUGGCCUUAAUGCAUUUCUACAGGAAUAUAAUAAGACAACAGUCAUCGUAAAUAAAAAUUUAAUACCGAAGCAUUAUGCUCACCCUAAACAGUUCGUUUUAUUCGGAGAAAAGUUGGUGGACAUCAUCUUUAUAUUGGAAUGGAUGCAAAGUUAUACUUUUAAUACUAAUGGCAGAUUUUUGAUAAUUUGCCAAUCAAAGGAUCAUAAAGAUUGCGAUGAAAUAGACGCUGUUAAAGUUUUAUGGGAUUAUAGAAUAGUAAAUGUAAUCUUUAUAAAAAAUACACCUCACGAAGGUCCAGUUGGUUAUAGCUAUGAAUAUGGGCCCGAUUGUAAAAAUACUCUACCGAUGAAGGUAAAAAACUGGGAUUAUUGUGUAAAAAAUAAAAUAGAAUAUUGUGGAAAGAAAUUUCCGCUUAAAUUAAGAAAUUUACAUGGUUGUCCAAUCAUAGUAUCGACGUUUCCUCAAAUGCCAUAUAUGAAUAUGGACAUUAAUGUCCCAUCAGGAGCGGAUGGUGAUUUGUUGCGUAUCAUAGUAGAAGCGCUUAAUGCAACUCUUGUAAUGAUGAUACCACUUCAUGGUACUGGAUGGGGGAAUCUGAAUGAGAACGGUACUUGGGUGGGUUCCCUAAGUGACUUGUACUAUGAUUUGGCAAACUUCUCCAUGACUUCGGCGAGCAUCACCCAGACCAGAUAUAACGAUUUUCAAAUCUCAAAUUUUUAUUUUACAAUGAGUUUGGGUUGGGUAAGUCAUCCACCUGAAUUGGAAAACCCUUGCUAUAAACUAUUAAGACCUUUCAAACCAGAUACACAGAUAGCAAUGGCAAUUUCUUUUAUAAUUGUUAUUAUUGUUGUAUUAUUUUUUAAAACAAAACUGGGACAUUACUUACAAAGAAAAAUGAGUUUCGGUUUAAGCCCGGAAAGAGUUAUGUUUUUAUCCUGGGAGAUGUGUAUGGGACAGCCGAUAGCGUCGUUUCCAUCAAAAAUGGUAUUAUCAUAUUUUGUGUUACUUUGGAUUUGGUAUUGCUUCUUAAUGAGAACCUUUUACCAAGUACAUUUGAUAAACUCUCUAAAAACUGAUGUAUACCAACCGCAACUUACUAAUAUCGAAGAUGCAAUUAAUGCAAAAUAUCCUUUUGGUGGUGGUUCCGCUCUUAAAGACUAUUAUAUUGAUUAUCCGCUGGUAUAUGAUAAUUGGCAACAUAAGGACAGUGAUCUAUAUCAUUCGAUUUUGUACAAUCUUACUGAGGGAAUGAAAUUCGUUUUAGCAAUGAAUUUAGCCUCGACUAAAAGUUUUUUAAGAAUAACUAAUAAAAAAGUGUAUAUUUUACCAGAGAGAAUUGUAAAUGGGCCAUCAGUAAUAUUUUUCAAAAAGUUUUCUCCUUUUGUGGAUCCGAUCAAUAAAAUUUUAGAACGUCUAGUCGAAUUUGGUUGGUCAGAUAUGGCUUUUAGAAAUAGUACCAUGUCUAAAUCACUUUUGAUUUCUGAAAAUGAAGAUAAGAAAAUUAAAUUGAGUAAUUUUACAGGAUGCUACGUGAUUUUACUAUGCGGAUGGAUAUUAUCAUUUUUUAUAUUACUCUUUGAA